UAGCAAAGAUGUUAUACUACUUGAGAACAGAAAUUAGGGUUUUUGCUCUGAUCUCUCGCUCUCUCUCUCUCUCUCUCUUAUUUCUUGAAACAUUGAAGAAGUAGCGCGGCUGAAGAGAGAACACUAAUUUCUCUCUUUCAUUCAAAUCUUUAACAAUGGCGAGAGGGUUGAAGAAGCACAUGAAGAGGCUCAAUGCCCCAAAGCAUUGGAUGCUUGAUAAACUUGGUGGUGCAUUUGCACCUAAACCCUCAUCAGGUCCCCACAAGUCUAGGGAAUGCUUGCCCUUGAUCCUCAUCCUGCGUAACAGGCUAAAGUAUGCUCUUACUUACCGGGAGGUCAUUGCUAUCUUGAUGCAACGUCAUAUCCUUGUUGAUAACAAGGUCAGGACUGAUAAGACCUACCCUGCUGGUUUCAUGGAUGUUGUCUCGAUUCCCAAGACAAAUGAAAAUUUCCGUCUGCUUUAUGACACAAAGGGCAGAUUCCGCUUGCACUCAGUCAGAGAUGAAGAGGCUAAGUACAAACUCUGCAAGGUUCGAUCUAUUCAGUUUGGCCAGAAGGGCAUUCCCUAUCUGAACACUUAUGAUGGCCGAACUAUACGCUAUCCUGACCCACUAAUCAAAGCCAACGACACAAUCAAGCUUGACUUGGAAUCAAACAAGAUUGUUGACUUUAUCAAGUUUGAUGUUGGAAAUGUUGUUAUGGUGACUGGAGGGAGAAACAGAGGGCGUGUUGGAAUCCUCAAGAACAGAGAAAAGCAUAAGGGAAGUUUUGAGACCAUUCACAUUGAAGAUGCCGCUGGCCAUGAGUUUGCUACUCGUCAGGGCAAUGUUUUUAUCAUUGGCAAGGGCACCAAACCAUGGGUGUCUGUUCCCAAGGGUAAGGGUAUUAAAUUGACUAUUAUUGAGGAGGCUAGGAAGAGGCAGCAAAAGGAAGCUACAACUGCUUAGUUGGAUUGGUAAUAGUCUUCUAUACGAUGUACGCGUUAUUUUUUACUCCUAUUUCAGUACAAUUUUGGCUUUUUUGACUUGCGGUGAUAGAUGUUUAUUUGCUAUAUUGGAGAUGAACAUGAUUGUAGCUCGACCUUAUUAUUCUUCAUUGCAAGAUUUUGUUCCCUUUGCAGAA